AUAUAAAUAGUGUAUUUUGCUUAUAAAAUGGGAGGGAGGUAGUAAUAAGGUGAGGUGAAUAAUAUUCCAAGUUGGAGUCUGGGGGGCAUCAAUGGGCACCGUUGCAACAAUUCAAAAUGUGGAAUGCACAUGGGAAGGGUCAUUUUCGUGAUUAUCCACCAAAGCAUCAAACGUGGCAACAAACGACUGGAACAACAAGAGCCAAACGAUGUCUUUUUCCUCCGUGAAUUCCCCAUUUCAAUUCCCACAAUCACCAUUAUUACCAUUCAUGCCACUCCGUCUUCUUAACUAACACCACACUCUCUCCACCGUCACACUCAAACUUCCCGUUUUCCGAUCCCUCUCACUCUCUCCUCACGCGCCUUUCACACUCACCUUACCCACGCGAUUUCAUUUUCUAGAACAACCCGUUUCGUUUCUCUCUUUCUAACAAUGUCGUUUCGUUCAUGCUCCUAGCGUUUUGCUUUUUGCUCCCAGAUUUCAACUCUGCAAUAAAUUUUCAACUACUUUCUUUGUUUGUAGAGUUCAUGGAGCAUUCAGUGUAGUGAUAAACGGUUAUUGAUUUAGUUAAUUUAGUUAAAGAGAAACUGAGUUGAGUUUUUUAGUUUAGGGUUUUUUUUAGGGAUUUAGGGUUUGUAUUUUUUGAAUUUUGGGGAUGAAUCGUAGCUUAAGAGCUCAGGAAUCUCAAAUGCAAGCUGCUUUGAAGCAGAGGGAGCAGCAAUUUGGGGGUUUGACUGGUUCUGUCACGACGGAGAAGGAUGACGAGCUUGCAUUGUUUCUUGAGAUGAGGAAGCGGGAGAAGGAACGGAAUGAUCUUCUGCUUCAUACUUCCGAGGAGUUUGAUUCUGGUUUAGGGUCAAAUCCGGGCACUUCUCCCUUAUUUAACCUUUCAUCCUCUAUGCCAACGGCUCCUCUGCGGAAGAGUGGUGCUGAUGAAUUUCUCAAUUCGGAAAAUAAUAAAAAUGACUAUGACUGGCUUCUAACUCCUCCCGGUACUCCUCUUUUUCCUUCUUUGGAAAUGGAAACUCGGAAGACUGUUAUGAGUCAGCUUGGUACUCCAACUGCACGUCCCACUGCAUUGAAAUCCAGAUUGUCAAAUCAUCAAUCUGAUCCUGCUGGGAGGACUAGCUUGGCAUCUAGACAGCAAACUUCCUCCCCUGUGUUGAGCUCUUCAAGUGGCGGAACUCGGAGGCCCUCAUCAUCAGGGGGUCCCGGAUCACGACCUGCAACUCCUACUGGACGUUCUUCAUUGACCACAACUUCAAAAUCAUCAAGAUCUUCAACACCUACUCGGAAUUCAAUACCUUCGACUAGGACCACAAUGUCCACAGUGGCUGCAUCCAAGACCACAAUGUCCACAACCAAGCCCACUAUGGUUUCUACCACUAAGCCUUCGACUUCUGCCACAAAGACCACCGUCCCUGCUGCAAAACCAGCAACUCAGUCAAGAUCCACUACACCGUUGUCAAGAUCUACAGCAAGAUCUUCAACACCAACUAGCAGACCUACUUUACCUCCUUCCAGGUCCACAUCAAGAGCAUCUACUCCAACUCGGCGACCAUCUACACCAUCAAAUGAGCUAAAUAUAUCUUCUUCUUCAGUUAAGAUUUCUUCAGGCCCCAAGCCAGCUACUGUGACGUCAAGGCAGCCAACUCCUGUGAAAGCAAGGCAACCAACUCCUGUGAAAGCAAGGCAGCCAACUCCUGUGACAGCAAGGCAACAAACUCCAGUGACCACUAGACAGCAAGCUCCAGUGACCUCGAGACAACCGCAAGUACCAUCACGUGGCACAUCACCAACAGUGAAGUCAAGACCAUGGAAGCCAUCUGAGAUGCCAGGGUUUUCACUUGAUGCUCCACCUAAUUUGAGGACAACGCUACCUGAUAGGCCACUGUCAGCGAGCAGGGGUAGGCCUGGAGCUCCCACUUCUCGGUCUUCAUCGGUUGAGCCUGCUUCUAGUGGAAGACCUAAGCGACAAUCAUGCUCUCCUUCAAGAGGACGGGCUCCCAAUGGCACUGCUCAUAUAAGUGGAAAUUCAAUGCCUGCAGUUAGCCGUGGACGCUCCAAAGUGAACGACAAUGUUAGUCCUGGUAUGAUGGGCACAAAAAUGGUUGAGAGGGUUAUAAACAUGCGAAAACUAGCACCACCAAUGAUGGAUAACAAAAACUCUCCUCGUAGUAAUCUGUCUGGGAAGUCAUCUUCGUCUCCAGAUAGCACAGGGUUUGGAAGAACUCUCUCAAAGAAGUCCUUGGAUAUGGCUAUUAGGCAUAUGGAUAUAAGGAGAACUAUUCCAGGCAAUUUACGACCAUUGAUGACAAAUAUUCCGGCAUCUUCUAUGUAUAGCGUGAGGUCUGGAUCUCAUCAGCGUGGCCGAACAAUUAGUGUAUCAGACUCUCCUCACGCCACCAGCAGUAAUGCUAGUUCUGAAAUGAGUGUAAACCAAAAUGGUAUUUGUUUAGAUAGUAGCGAGAUAGAUGAUGAAAUUGGCAGUGAGAGAUGUGUUCAAUCUCCUGCCAGUGUACGGGGUAGGUAAACUUUUCAAACUUUGGGAAUCCCUGCAUAUAUAUUUGAAUAGCACCGAUGUAUCCUGGAUUUCAGCCAUAGUAGAUUUGCAUAUGGAGCUAACAAUGCCUGUACUGAUUGAUGUAAAGCUUGAUGUAACCUCAUGUAAGAUGGUGUCUUCUGAUUUUAGGUAGAUCGGAUGUAUGGUGUAAUGGUCAUGCUCAUUUUUUGAAACAAGCCGAGGUUUAUCCUCUAUUAUUCAGAAACCUUAACCAUAUUUAUCA